UCAAUUUAAAUACCCCAGACUUAAGCCUUUUGCCCCACAAUCUGCCCCAGAAUGGCUAUCUGCUAAAUAUAAAGUAGUAGGCCAAGACUUAGCUCUAAACCAUUUUUGACCUCCAAAACCAAAUUGCCAGACCUCGUUGUCAUGACUGAGAAGAACGAGAGGCAAACAGCUAAGCCUCAAGAUGUGGAGCACUUUGACGAGUCUCAGCACCAUAACAUGGCGUUCGAAGAUUUUGGAUUGACCAAGGAGCAGAAUCAGCUCCUCAUUGACAACUAUGCGUAUAUGUGGAAGAAGGAUGACAGUGGGAAUUUGUUGAUCAGGAGUGCAAAAGGGGACCCAACUAAUCCCAGAAGCUGGCCAAACUGGAAGCGUUAUGCUAUCGUAGGACUGGCAAGUUUGCUGAACAACUUGGUUUGUCUCUGCGUGUCCGGCUAUAGUACAGGUAUUGCGCAAAUGGAGGAAGAGAUGGGCUUUAGUUCUGAAGUCGGUACCGUUGGUUUAAGUUUGUAUGUGCUUGGUUUCGCGAUCGGACCUAUGCUUCUCGCUCCUCUGAGCGAAUACUGGGGAAGAAGGCCAGUCUAUCUCGUCAGCUGGACUAUUUUUACGAUCUUCCAGAUUCCUCUUGCAUUGGCUCAAAAUGUUGCAACUAUUUUGGUUUGCCGUUUCAUCCAAGGUUUGGCGGGAUCAACCCCCUUGGCCAACACUGGUGGUGUUGUGCACGACGUCUUCGCGGUAAAAGAAGCUGGUUAUGCUGUCGCUAUCUACGCUCUGAGUAGCGCAGACGGACCGCCCUUGGGUAAUGUCAUCUCUGGGUUUUUGGCACAGAAUGCAGGGUUCAGAUGGCUCUUCUGGGCCUAUCUUAUCAUUUUCGGCUUUUUCCUCAUCGUCAUCUUCUUCUGCCUCCCCGAAACCCGGUCCACCAUCAUCCUCUCUCGGAAAUCGUCCAAACUGCGAGAAGCAACCGAUCUUCCCUUCUACGGCGAGCAUGAGCUCGCAAAAAAGGCACCUGGUCAUCUUUGGAAAGUCACGAUCUUCCGACCGUUCAAGUUCUUGUUUACGGAGAGAAUUACUUAUCUCUGUGCGGGUAUCAAUGGGUUUGUGUACGGCAUGAUCUUUUUGAGUAACGAAGCAUUCCCUCUAGUAUUUGGGCCGGGUAACAAUGGCCAUGGCUGGACCCACUCUGGCGUGGUCAACCUCACUUUCGGAGCUUAUGUCGUCGGCUCUUUUCUUGGUUUCUGCUUAACUCCCCUCCAAGAAGCUUGGUACCGCAAAGCCAGUAAGGCCAAAGGUCGCGGCGAUCCGGAAGCCCGAUGGUGGAGCGCUUUGUGGGCAACACCGUUCAUGCCCCUGGGAUUGAUGGUUGCAGCCUGGACGUCGUAUCCCGACUUGCCAUGGAUCGCUCCUAUCAUUGGUUUUACCAUGUUCGGUUUUGGGUUCUAUAUCAUUCUUGCCGCUAUUCUGAACUACGUCGUUGACGGGUAUGCUCAUUAUUCGGCAAGUGCUUUGGGCGGUGUCGUCUUCGUUCGUAAUAUCAUCGGCGCGGUUUUCCCUCUAUUCUCAUCACAAAUGUUCAAAGGCAUGGGAAACCAAUGGGCUUUAUUUCUCUUGUCAAUGGUCUCCUUUCUGAUGAUUCCGAUCCCAGUGUAUCUCUAUUACCGAGGCAAGGUCGUCCGAGACAGGUCGCCAUACUGCGCUAUGCACUAUAAUGAUGAAGAGUAGCAUGUUGCUUUUUAGCUCUGUUGCUUGCCUGGGAUUGGCCUCUAGGAUAACUAGGGUACGAACGGACUGUCAGGCAGGCCAAUUUGGGUUUAGAGCAAAUACAUAGACUUUUUUAGAUGCAUGUUAAACUGUAUUUG